AAAAUGUAUUAUUUUCAAACAUAUACCAAUAUUGUUAAACUACAAGUGUUAGUAUGCUUAUUAAAACUAAUAAAUUGUGACCCAAAUAGUAGUGAACCCAUAUUAAUAGUCAUAUCGUUUGAUGGCUUUCGAUACGAUUAUGUAUCGCCAGAAUCGACACCAAAUCUAUACAAAUUGGCUGUGAAUGGAGCGGGAGGUCAUAUGAUAUCAAACUUCGCGACCAAGACAUUUCCCAAUCACCAGUCGAUAGCCACCGGUUUCUAUGAGGAGAACCACGGAAUCAUUAACAAUGAGUUCUUUGAUCCCAAAUAUAACGAUACCUUUGAUAUCGAGAAUUCACCCGAUUAUUGGUGGACUGAAUGGUCGGGCACACCUGUUUGGAUUGUAAACCAAUUGUACGGUCGCAGGAGUGGGUCAAUGCAAUGGCCCAGUAGUCAAGUCAUGUAUAGGAAUCAAACCGUUAGAUACCAUCAAAGCUAUAACCAUACGAUGCAAUGGGAUACAAGAGUCGAUACAAUUGUAGAGUGGAUAACCCAUGAAAGUGAACCGGCUAAUUGCAUUUUCUUAUAUUUCGAUGAGCCGGACACUACUUCGCAUAUUUGUGGACCUUUUAGUAACCAAACCAAAGGUCAGGUGCGAAGGGCUGAUAAUAUAGUGGGAUAUUUGUUGCAAAGUUUGGAUACAAAGAAUUUGUUAAACAAAACUAAUUUAAUAAUACUAUCAGACCAUGGAUUCGCUGAAAUCAAGUAUAAUUUCCAACAAAAGGAAAACCAAGAAAUCAAUUUAAAUGACAUAAUAGACCCUAAUAUGUACGACAUGUACGGGAAUUCUCCAGAUUGGCAUAUACUUCCUAAGCCGGGUCUUUUGGACAAUGUCUAUGAGAUACUACUGAACGCAUCGAAAACACUACCUUUUACUGUCUAUAAAAAGGCUGACAUCCCUGAGCGCUACCACUACAGGAAUAAUCGCAGAAUUCUACCCAUUUUUCUCAUCGCAGAUGAGGGAUGGGAAGUGCAUCGGACGGCCAGUCCGGUGCUUUUAAAGGGUAAUCACGGGUGGGAUAACCGGUUGACAUCAAUGAGGCCGCUAUUCAUGGCGAGUGGACCGGCGUUUAAGCGUCGAUAUUAUCACAACCGGGUGUUUCUCAAUACAGAUCUCUUUCCACUUAUGUUACAAGUGUUAGGCCUUCCGUCAAAGUCUUUUCCGAGUAAUGGUUCUCUCGAUAAUGUCAUUGAUUUGUUGGCAAACAGUAGUAAACCGUUUGAUUUAAUA